AUGUCAGAACGGCGUUCUGUCAGACUCAAGAUACCUUCAGAGAGACUAGCCCUUUUCCAACAGUCCAUGGAUGGUGUAAAGAAACGCAAGAGAGUCAAUUGGAAACCAGGCGAGAAGGAAGAGAUGUUUGCACUUCGCGAAAAGCAUCCCGACAUGCUACUGAAAGAUUUCCAAGAGAGAUUCUACCCCGACCGAGGGGUAAAAGCUUUGUCCGGGAUUAUUUGUCAAAUGAGAAAGGACGCUCGUAAAGGAGAACCCGAAGCUAAGGGCACCGAUGAUCGUCGUGUGAGUCCUAAAUCACCUCUUUGUGAGAUAAAUAUUGCACAGGAUCGGGUUCUGAUGAAGAUGCAGUCCAACACUCCCAGACUUCCCGAGUUGAAACGUCCUCGAAAGAGCGGUCCCUUUGAGUACAGCGAUAGCGAAGGCGAGGAGUCCAGCUCAUAUGAAAUCAUUGAGGAUAUCAACCCUUCUGGUCAUCGUACUCCCAACAAGGGGCUGCAGUUCAUUAAGCUAUCACACUCCGCAGAAGCUCAGUCCCCAUCGACUCGUCAUGUUGAGCAACAAGAACCUACUAUCCGCUCUCAGACAGAUGAAGCUCCUCAGGUAUCAAAAGAAGAUAUAGCACUUGCAUACAGACCUCAGACAACUCCUCCAGAAACUACCAUUGUGGCUCAACAUACUGGCUGUUUAGAGUCAAGCUCAAACUCUACGGGCAUGAGUCCAAUCGUCCUUGACAUUCCUCUAGAGCAACCUGCAGAGUGUCAUGGAACCGAGAUGCAAGUAGACGUUGCCAAAGACAGAAAGCAUCAGCAAACCCAGCUUCAAGCCCCAAAACAAGAAGCAUUUCCAGAGUCCUACAUCAGACAAGGAUUUGCCAAGGAAGUCACGGACAUUUACACAAAGCUCCAAUCACUGUGUCGCUUCGAAGAGCAAUUGUUCUCCACGGUGAAUCAGACUCGGGCCUAUAAUUCUGCGGUUGAAAAGACGAGUCAUAUACUGAAAAAAGAUUAUGAUACCAUCAAAACAGAAUUUGAAGCGAUGAAAAAUGAAAAGGAUAAGGAGAUCACACAGCUCAAGGCAGACUGGCAGGCUGAGCGGGAUGCUUUGGUGCAGGAGAAUGCACUUUUGGGUAAGAGAAUUGAGUUGAUGAAAUCUGCGUUGUACGGGAAUAUUGAGGCGUGA